UUCGUAUCCACCACUGCCAACAACGCCAACAACUCCAACAACACCGACCGACCAACCGAGGCGAACCCGCCGUUACGAUGCCCAGCGUGAAGACCCCGGCCAUGCGCCGCAGCAGCGAGCGCCACGCCAACAACAUCACCCGCAAAGGAAACGUGCCCGCCUCUCGCAAACAGAAGAAGAGCGAGUUCCCCGUCGGCCCCGUUGUCCUUGGCCUGCUCAUCUUUGUCGUGUGCGGCUCCGCCAUCUUCCAGCUCCUGCAGAGCGUGCAGUUUGGCGGUCCUCCUGCAUAAGUGCCGCUCGCUUCUCUCGUUCUCCUCCCCUAACUUUCUCGCUCGUGUCCCCUUCGCCCCCUCCUCCUCGUUUCUGCCAAUCUCAUAAGCGUCCUCUUCUCCGGGCUCUCCGGUUACUGGUGACUUGAGAAAAAGAACCAACAACCAGCACCACACUUGACACAACUCCGCAGAAGGCACCACUUGUACUCCCUUGUCAAAUCGUGAAUGCACACAGCUAUCGUGAGGCUGACGCCGGCAAUGUGCGUGCGCGCAAGCAAAACACACACACACAAGCAGUAGGGAAGUCAUAGGAAUAUCAUACAUACAUUCAUACAAAGCUGUGGAGCAUAAACCGCUGACUAGAA